AAUUAAUCGAUUAAGUAUCUCUUGAGACAAGGAAAAUGUUGCAAAUUGAUAAUUUGCCACCUGAGGUGUUGCUUGAGAUUUUUGAGCAUCUGGAGCCUCAAAGUCGGUUACUUGCUUCCACAGUUUGUCGUAAAUGGCUUCAAUUGUUACGAAAAUCAACUUUUGACGCAGAUCGGCAACUUUAUGUCAACGAAAAAUUGCUCAAAAAUCAAGACACGUGCCAAUUUUUGGUGAAAAAUAGUCGUUUAAAGUACAAAAAAGUCCGUUUAGACAGCGUUAAAAGUGUUGACGAGCACCCGGAUCUCUGGUCUCAUCUCGGAAAAGACGUUCAUUCGGCGCAAAUUCGUUCCACGGGACUUGUCAAGGACGAUAAAAAGGAUUUUUUGAAGGAUUUUCCCGAAUUACGUGAAUUAAAGCUCAUUUCAAAUGCCAAUUGGAAGACUUUUUAUCAGUUCAACACGGAAUUAUCGCAAUUACGGAAGCUGAGUGUCAUUUUGGAUCGAUAUCAGGGACCGCUGGAUGCUCUAAAGGCGUUUCUGGAAAAAAAUCAGACAUUAAAUGAGCUGCAAAUCAAAAGUAAUUCAAUGAACAAUCAAGAUUUGGUGAAUUUAAUCAAAGAAAAUGCCCAAAAAGUGACAAAAUUAGGAAUUUCUUUGUCAAAUAACGAUAUUCAGACGUUACUUACCGACCAAUGUCCUUUCGAGAGACUUCGGAAAUUGAGUCUUACCUUGCCCGAAGCACAAAAUGAAGCAAAAAUUCACUCAGUUUUGAUGAUUUUUCCGAAAAUUACCAACUUGGAGCUCAAACUUGAUGGAUUUAUUCCCGUUUCAGGCUUUAAAAACCUAAAAAGUCUUGAAAUUGAGAAUUUUUCGUACGACGCAAGGCAGUUGAAAGCUCUGGCAGCUCAAAAAUCCCUACAAAAGCUCAUUAUUAACUACAAUUCAUCCGCUGACGGAAGUUGUUUCUUCAUCCACGAACGUUUGGACAACCCGAACUUGACUUUUCUUCACAUUUAUCAGAAAAAUUUGGAUCCCUGCAUGGUUUGCAUGUCGAAUUUGUGUGAAAGUUACCCGAAAUUGCAGGAUUUUAAGACGAAUCUCCCAUUUUUGAACCGUCAUUUGCAAGUAAUGACCCGAAAUUGCUUGAAUCUCCGUCAUUUGAGGCUGAAAUUUGGUCCAACCGAAGACUCAGAAGUACUUGAGACGCAAUUCAGCCCGGAAAUGCACUCGUUGUCACUAAAUUCCUUCAGAAUCAACGAAAAUUGUUUGUUAAAAUGGAAGGAAAUGACAAAAUUAACGAGUUUAAACGUAAAUUUAGACGAUGACUGCACAGAAGAAAGUUUUCGAAAAUUUAUGAAAAAUUUUCCAGUUUUGGAAAAAGUUUCUUUUGUGUCGCGCGCUACUGACGAGAUGAUUUUUGCUGCCAUUGACGAGUGUAAAAGACUAAAAAAUAUCGCCACGUGUUGCAGUAAAAGCUCAAAAGUGACGGAAGAGGGACUAAAAUACGUCUUGAAGCAUGGAAAAGCAAUUCGUAAAGUUGAGUUUCAUUCUAUUAAAAAUGUGUCGCUGGAGGAAUUGAAAGCUGUGAAAAAUGGUGAUAAUACGAUUGCUGUUUUUACUGCUGGUUCCGUUAAUUAUUUAUGACUUAAUUAUUUGUUAGAUUUCUUAAAUAAAUUUUUAUCAAUUUUUUUCGUUAUAAAAGUGAAAAAUUUGGUUUUAAGCAGACUUAACAUGACUUAAGCUUAAGUAAAAGUCACUUAUAUUUGAUUUAAGUUAAUUUCAAAAAAAAUUUAAAUUAUUUGCCAAAAUUUUCAAAAAUCAUUGA